GAAGAUGCUGAAGCUGUGUGGUGAGACACAGGAGAAGAUGGCUCUGGAGCUCAUCCUGUUUGAGUUCACCAUUGAGAGAGACGUGGUGGAACCCCUAUACGAACUGGCAGAGGUGGAAAUCCCCAACAUCCAGAAACAAAGGAAACAUUUAGCAAAACUGGUUUUGGACAUGGACUCGGCACGCACAAGGUUCCACCAGUCCUCCAAGUCUGGUAUGUCCAGCAACGUGCAGCCAGGGGCCAAGGGCGAGCACCUCAGGGAAGAGAUGGAAGAGGCAGCCAAUCGAAUGGAGAUCUGUCGAGAUCAAUUAUCAGCAGACAUGUACAAUUUUGUGGCCAAAGAAAUUGACUAUGCAAGCUACUUUCAGACAUUGAUAGAGGUGCAGGCAGAGUACCACAGGAAGUCGUUAGAGCUCCUUCAGAAUAUUCUGCCUCAGAUCAAAGCCCACCAGGAGACCUGGGUGGAGAAGCCGUGCUAUGGGAAACCCUUAGAGGAGCACCUUGCCCUCAGCGGGCGGGACAUUGCCUUCCCCGUCGAAGCCUGUGUCACCAUGCUGCUGGAGUGUGGCAUGCAGGAAGAGGGCCUGUUCAGAGUAGCGCCCUCGGCCUCCAAACUGAAGAAGCUCAAGGCGUCUCUAGACUGUGGGGUGAUGGACGUGCAGGAGUACUCUGCAGACCCUCACGCCAUCGCAGGUGCUUUGAAAUCCUACCUACGGGAACUCCCUGAGCCACUGAUGACCUUUGAACUUUAUGAUGAAUGGAUCCAAGCUUCUAACAUUCAAGACCAGGACAAGAGACUCCAAGCCCUCCUCACAGCCUGCGAGAAGCUACCCCUGGCCAAUGGCAACAACUUCAAGUAUUUAAUCAAAUUCCUCGCCAAGUUAGAUGACUACCAGGAUGACAAUAAAAUGACUCCUGGGAAUAUUGCAAUAGUCUUGGGUCCCAACCUGCUGUGGACAACGCAGGAAGGGAACAUUACAGAGAUGAUGACCACUGUGUCCCUGCAGAUUGUAGGCAUCAUUGAGCCCAUCAUCCAGCACGCUGACUGGUUCUUCCCUGGAGAGAUUGAGUUUAAUGUCACAGGAAACUAUGGCAGCCCGGUCCACACCAACCACAACGCCAACUACAGCUCCAUGCCCUCUCCGGAUAUGGACCAUUCCGAUCGCAAGCACAAUGACCAGAGCCGACGUCCGCUCAGUGUGGCCACUGACAAUAUGAUGCUAGAGUUCUAUAAGAAGGAUGGCAGCGUUAGGAAAAUUCAAAGCAUGGGGGUCAGGGUGAUGGACACUUCUUGGGUGUCGCGCAGGGGAUCGUCGUCAGUGCGUAAAACCUCCUCCACACCCCCGAGUAUGCAACCCCCCCCCCCUCCCUCAGACGCUCUCAUACCUGAGCAGGGGGAGCUCUCUGCGUCCCCCUCACCAACACCUCCUCCCGCUGGCAGCGACCGUGCCAGCUCCGAUGAUGCGUCAUCCACUUGGUCGGACUCCUGUUAUGCCUACCCCUCUCCGGAGGAGGAGAGGCCCCCUCCCCCUUACCCCUCUUCUUUCUCUUCUUCCUAUUGCUACCCACCUCCUCACCAUUUCUACCCCCGAGCACCGCAGUGCGCGCGCCCUGUCGCCCCCGGUCCCGAGUCCGUGCCCCCCGGGCCGUCUCCCCCACCUCCCCCACGCUGGUCUAACUACAGCCCUCACCCACUGCCCCCCUCGUGCCCCUCUCCCUCUCCCUCCCCACAGCAGCUUGAUAUUAACUCUAACCCCAAGCCCAGCUCCCUGCACCUGCCCAAACAGAAUUCCCUGGCCGAAGCUCUGCAUGCGUCCCCACCGUCAGAAACUAACGUCUCCCCCAUCUACAUCAAAACCCCCCUCGUGCUAACCCGACACGACCCGUCCCUCGUUCCCCAGACCCCUAACUUCCCCCUGUCCACACCUCUACCGUGGGCCGCCUGUGCCUGUAGCCGAGAGAGAGGAGCCAAGCUGACUGGUACUCUGAUGAACAAGGAGCUCUCUCCAGUGAUUGGACAGAAGGGCUUCCAGGGAACAGCACCCUCUGGUGGGCCAUCACAGCCCUCUUCUGAACAUAGCCCUCACACCCUGAGAAGAGCUAAAAAGCUGGCCCCCAUCCCACCUAAGCACUACUCUCAGUCUGGGGGAAUGUCUGACCAGUCCACGGGUCAGCCCUCUCCAGUCAGCCUGUCCCCCACCCCUCCUAGUACCCCUUCCCCGUAUGGCUUUGGCUACCCUCAGGGCUACGCCACCAUCGGCUCUCCGGGACAGGCCCAGACCGCCACCCUCUCCUCCCCUCCCUCGCUAGCCGGCACCCUCACCAAGGCCAGGCCCACUCCCAAGCCUCCCAGGCAGAGGCCCAGCCUGCCCCCACCGCAGCCCCCCAGCACCCCUGGCUCCAGCCCCCAGCCCCUGGAGCACAGUGGUGUCCUGCUGGAUGGAUUGUCUCCUGGGGAGAGCAUGUCCACAGACUCUUUCUGCAACCUGGAUAUCCCCAUCAUCAACGUGGAACUGGAUGGCAUCUUCGAUGAGCCUAAGAUGGUCCCCUACAGGAACUCAGUGGCGGUGGUCCAGCCUACCCCCAAGACAGAGUCAGAGGAAGAGUCUGAGAGCACGAUACUAUGACAUCACGAAUUUCCACCCCCAGCCCUACUAUUCCAGCCUGUUCCCAGGACCCGUUCUCUGACCUUUGACCCAAUGGGACUCACUCCAGACCUCACCUCCACCCAUAGAGACCAAACACCGGGUUCAGCCCUGUAAAACAAAGUUAAUCUUAUAACCUGAAAUAUAUAUGAAUACAGAAAAUACAUACAGUAUAUCCACAUCCAGAGAGUUUCUCUCUGAGACUGUGGGGGGAGGAACUUUUGAUACACAGAAUCGGACACAAUGCUUUGUUUUUAUGUUGACUGGAUUCCUUUGAUUCUGUCUGUGGUGCAUUCAAUUUUAAGAAUUUUCUUUUUCAACAAUAGUUUAUUUUUCUUUCCUUUUGGCUUAUUUGAGUCAUUUGCAAUAUUGCCUCUAACUUCACAUACAAGACAUGAAAACUAUUUGCUCGGUGGAAUGGAUUCUACUCUUGUGAGUGUAGUAGUAAAGGAAAGGGACAGUAGAUUUCUGAUUUCCUCUCCCUGUCACCAAGUCUAUAGCAUUCCUUUUGAUGCCAUCCUAAACCAUUCCUCGUACUUUGAGAUCACUGGCAACCCCUUGUUUCUUCCUGGCUGAAUGUGUGUUCGUGAAUUGUGUGAUGUGUUUGGAAAUGUGCUGCAUCAUUAAGUGGCGAGUUCUGCCAUAGAAAAUAUAUAUGGUACUGCAAGACCAGUUUGAGUUUGAAUCCCCAAUCACACUCUUCAAAGGGAGAUUAAGAUUGCAUUUGGCUGUUAGAAGGGAAGUUAAAUCUGGGUAAUAUAGUAUUUACUAUUUAAAAUGACUGUUUAUACUGUACAUUUCAGAGUAUAUUAUAUUAACAGUGAUACAAGAGAUAUUAUAUGUGUCAUAUAAUAUAAGAAUACAACCAUAGGUAUACAGAUAUAGAAUUAUAAAUACGAUAUACAGAUAUUCUAGCAUGUACUUAAUUGUACAUUAUCAUAGGAGAGGCUGUAGAGGGAAUGGGACAUAGAAACAUAACAAACAGAAUAAUUCUAUAUAAAAGGAAUGGAAUGCUGAAAAGUGAGUAUGAGUGGAAUGUGCAGGGUGGGACUAUACCGCCUCUCUGCACUCAGCCUCAGCUUCUUUAAUGAGCGCCCUGAGAGCCUUAUCUGGCAAGAGCCUGUCACUGGGGAGCCUGCUCAGCUGUUUGAAAGCCAAUAUUGAAAACUUUUUUGUUAGAGCAAGUGUGUAUAUGAGUCCGGUCCUGUAUGUGUGGGUGUUAUCCGGAAUAUAGAUACAUUUCUUCUGGUGCGUGUGUUUAUAUUCUAUCACACAGGGAAUAAGAAUAGUGUAUUCAUUGAAAAUAUAUGGCGGUUACUGUUUCAGUCCCCUAUACCCCCAUCUUUAGUAAGAGGAAUCCACCAUAUAAAGGAUUUGAUGAUGAGGAAUGUGAUACUUUGUGCUGAAAGUAUUUAUACCGAUGAUUACGGUGCAGAUGAGUAUGAUUGACAUCCACAACACAUAAUAGCAAUGUUCCAAACUGAUGAUCCAGUGAUGAGGUUCAAAGGUGAGGGGCCCGUCCAUGACCAACACAAACCUAUGGUCUCCUUAGAAACAUUCCAUCCAUAACACUGAUUAGUGUUGGAAGCCACAACAAACGCUGCUCUUUCAUGCACUUACGUUCAAGUGCUAUAUAUUUUAUCCAUCACAACACUAUUGUAAAUACUGAAGCCUCUGUGUAUGUGUGUAUAUAAAAAGGCGAGAGGAUGAAAUAUAUACAGUACCAUGUAAACGUUUGGACAAAUCUACUCAUUCAAGGGCUUUUCUUUAUUUUGACUAUUUUCUACAUUGUAGAAUAAUAGUGAAGACCUCAAAACUAUGAAAUAGCACAUAUGGAAUCAUGUAGUAACCAAAAAAGUGUUAAACAAAUCAAAGUAUCCUCCCUUUGCCUUGAUGACAGCUUUGCACACUCUUGGAAAGAAUGUAAAAUCUAAAAUGUAUUUUGAUUUGUUUAACACUUUAUUGGUUACUACAUGAUUCCAAAGUAGGUAGUAGGAGUAGGUGUGCCCAAACUUUUGACUGGUACUGUAUAUAUUUCAUCCUCUCGCCUUUUUAUAUACACACAUGUAUACAGUUGAAGUCGGAAGUUUACAUCCAUUUAAACUCAGUUUUUCACAACCUGACAAUUAAUCCUAGUGAAAAUUCCCUGUCUUAGGUCAGUUAGGAUCACCACUUUAUUUUAAGAAUGUGAAAUGUCAGAAUAAUAGUAGAGAAUGAUUUAUUUCAGCUUUUAUUUCUUUCAUCACAUUCCCAGUGGGUCAGAAGUUUACAUACACUCAAUUAGUAUUUGGUAGCGUUGCCUUUAAAUUGUUUAACUUGGGUCAAACGUUUCAGGUAGCCUUCCACAAGCUUCCCACAAUAGUUUGGGUGAAUUUUGGCCCAUUCCUCCUGACAGAGCUGGUGUAACGGAGUCAGGUUUGUAGGCCUCCUUGCUCGCACACACUUUUUCAGUUCUGCCCACAAAUUGUACUGUAUAUAGGCUUGAGGUCAGGGCUUUGUGAUGGCCACUCCAAUACCUUGACUUUGUUGUCCUUAAGCCAUUUUGCCGCAACUUUGGAAGUAUGCUUGCGGUCAUUGUCCAUUUGGAAUACCCAUUUGCGACCAAGCUUUAACUUCCUGACUGAUGUCUUGAGAUGUUGCUUCAAUAUAUCCACAUCAUUUUCUACCUCAUGAUGCCAUCUAUGUUGUGAAGUGCACCAGUCCCUCCUGCAGCAAAGCACCCCCACAACAUGAUGCUGCCACCCCGUGCUUCAUGGUUGGGAUGGUGUUCUUCGGCUUGCAAGCCUCCCCCUUUUUCCUCCAAACAUAACGAUGGUCAUUAUGGCCAAACAGUUCUAUUUUUGUUUCAUCAGACCAGGGGACAUUUCUCCAAAAAGCAUGAUCUUUCUUUGUCCCCAUAUGCACUUGCAAACCGUAGUCUGGCUUUUUUAUGGCGGUUUUGGAGGAGUGGCUUCUUCCUUGCUGAGCAACCUUUCAGGUUAUGUCAAUAUAGGACUAGUUUUACUGUGGAUAUAGAUAAUUUUGUACCUGUUUCCUCCAGCAUCGUCACAAGGUCCUUUGCUGUUGUUUUGGGAUUGAUUUGUACUUUUCACACCAAAAUAAAUUAAUCUCUAGGAGACAAAACACGUCUCCUUCCUGAGCGGUAUGACGGCUGCGUGGUCCCAUGGUGUUUAUACUUGCGUACUAAUGUUUGUACAGAUGAACGUGGUAUCUUCAGGCAUUUGGAAAUUGCUCCCAAGGAUGAAUCAGACUUGUGGAGGUCAAUUAGCCUAUCAGAAGCUUCUAUAGUUAUGAAUAAUUUUCUUGAAUUUUCCAAGCUGUUUAGCCAAAGUAACAAAGCCUACCAUCAGUAACACACUACGCCGCCAGGGACUCAAAUCCUGCAGUGCCAGACGUGUCCCCCUGCUUAAGCCAGUACAUGUCCAGGCCCGUCUGAAGUUUGCUAGAGAGCAUUUGGAUGAGCCAGAAGAAGAUUGGGAGAAUGUCAUAUGGUCAGAUGAAACCAAAAUAUAACUUUUUGGUAAAAACUCAACUCAUCAUGUUUGGAGGACAAAGAAUGCUGAGUUGCAUCCAAAGAACACCAUACCUACUGUGAAGCAUGGGGGUGGAAACAUCAUGCUUUGGGGCUGUUUUUCUGCAAAGGGACCAGGACAACUGAUCCGUGUAAAGGAAAGAAUGAAUGGGGCCAUGUAUCGUGAGAUUUUGAGUGAAAACCUCCUUCCAUCAGCAAGGGCAUUGAAGAUGAAACGUGGCUGGGUCUUUCAGCAUGACAAUGAUCCCAAACACACCGCUCGGGCAAUGAAGGAGUGGCUUCGUAAGAAGCAUUUCAAGGUCCUGGAGUGGCCUAGCCAGUCUCCAGAUCUCAACCCCAUAGAACAUCUUUGGAGGGAGUUGAAAGUCCGUGUUACUCAGCAACAGCCCCAACACAUCACUGCUCUAGAGGAGAUCUGCAUGGAGGAAUGGGCCAAAAUACCAGCAACAGUGUGUGAAAACCUUGUGAAGACUUACAGAAAACAUUUGACCUCUGUCAUUGCCAACAAAGGGUAUAUAACAAAGUAUUGAGAUAAACUUUUGUUAUUGACCAAAUACUUAUUUUCCACCAUAAUUUGAAAAUAAAUUCAUUAAAAAUCCAACAAUGUGAUUUUCUGGAUUUUUGUUUCUCAUUUUGUCUGUCAUAGUUGAAGUGUACCUAUGAUGAAAAUUACAGGCCUCUCUCGUCUUGUGAAGUGGGAGUACUUGCACAAUUGGUGGCUGACUAAAUACUUUUUUGCCCCACUGUAUAUAUACACAGUGAAGGAAAAAAGUAUUUGAACCCCUGCUGAUUUUGUACGUUUGCCCACUGACAAAGAAAUGAUCAGUCUAUAACAGUGAGAGAGAUAGAAUAACAACAAAAAAAACUGAAAAACGCAUGUCAAAAAUGUUAUAAAUUGAUUUGCAUUUUAAUGAGGGAAAUAAGUAUUUGACCCCUCUCAAUCAGAAAGAUUUGUGGCUACCAGGUGUCUUUUAUACAGGUAACGAGAUUAGAUUAGGAGCACACUCUUAAAGGGAGUGCUCCUAAUCUCAGUUUGUUACCUGUAUAAAAGACACCUGUCCACAGAAACAAUCAAUCAGAUUCCAAGCUCUCCACCAUGGCCAAGACCAAAGAGCUCUCCAAGGAUGUCAGGGACAAGAUUGUAGACCUACACAAGGCUGGAAUGGGCUACAAGAACAUCACCAAGCAGCUUGGUGAGAAGGUGACAACAGUUGGUGCGAUUAUUCGCAAAUGGAAGAAACACAAAAGAACUGUCAAUCUACCUCGGCCUGGGGCUCCAUGCAAGAUCUCACCUCGUGGAGUUGCAAUGAUCAUGAGAACGGUGAGGAAUCAGCCCAGAACUACAUCUUGUCAAUGGAGGAUCUUGUCAAUGAUCGCAAGGCAGCUGGGACCAUAGUCACCAAGAAAACAAUUGGAAACACACUACGCCGUGAAGGACUGAAAUCCUGCAGCGCCCGCAAGGAAUCCCCCUGCUCAAGAAAGCACAUAUACAUGCCCGUCUAAAGUUUGCCAAUGAACAUCUGAAUGAUUCAGAGGACAACUGGGUGAAAGUGUUGUGGUCAGAUGAGACCAAAAUGGAGCUCUUUGACAUCAACUCAACUCGCCGUGUUUGGAGGAGGAGGAAUGUUGCCUAUGACCCCAAGAACACCAUCCCCACCGUCAAACAUGGAGGUGGAAACAUUAUACUUUGGGUGGGGUUUUCUGCUAAGGAGACAGGACAACUUCACCGCAUCAAAGGGACGAUGGACGGGACCAUGUACCGUCAAAUCUUGGGUGAGGACCUCCUUCCCUCAGCCAGGGCAUUUGAAAAUGGGUCGUGGAUGGGUAUUCCAGCAUGACAAUGACCCAAAACACACGGCCAAGACAACAAAGGUGACUCAGGAAGAAGCACAUUAAGGUCCUGGAGUGGCCUAGCCAGUCUCCAGACCUUAAUCCCAUAGAACAUCUGUGGAGGGAGCUGAAGGUUCGAGUUGCCAAACGUCAGCCUCCAAACCUUAAUGACUUGGAGAAGAUCUGCAAAGAGUAGUGGGACAAAGUCCCUCCUGAGAUGUGUGCAAACCUGGUGGCCAACUACAAGAAACAUCUGACCUCUGUGAUUGCCAACAAGGGUUUUGCCACCAAGUACUAAGUCAUGUUUUGCAGAGGGGUCAAAUACUUAUUUCCCUCAUUAAAAUGCAAAUCAAUUUAUAACAUUUUUGACAUGCGUCUUUCUGGAUUUUUUGUUGUUAUUCUGUCUCUCACUGUUCAAAUAAACCUACCAUUAAAAAUUAUAGACGGAUCAUUUCUUUGUCAGUGGGCAAACGUACAAAAUCAGCAGGGGAUCAAAUACUCACAAGCUUUAUACAGUACAGUAAUUGUAAUAGCAGUGACAUUGUUUCAAGGUUAAAUCUAUUUUAGAGGAAUGUUAGAUUAAAAGUGCCGAGUCAUCAGCCUAGAGCUAAUUGAUACAGUAUGUCUAAACGGAAAGUGCUGCAUCACAGUGUGCAGCAAGUCUCCACUAGUCCAUAAGCUUGACCAGUAGAGCUAUUAUAAGGGAUGUUUUCAUGAUUGUCAAUUGGUAAGUAAAACGAGGACCACCAUCCCUCGAGGCAAAAACCAGUUGAGUCAACAUAGUUUCCUAGUUAUUCCAACCUUACAUACAGUACAGAGUAUAUUCCCCAGUGGAGAAUACUAAUAUUAUCCCCUGAAAGUAAUACAGUUCACCCAAUGCUUACUAGACAGUUCCAGAACAAAAAGUUUGAAUUUCUAAACGAUAAAACAAAGUGCAAUUACAGUAUUUAUGAACAGAGAAACCUCAAAGAUUAAGAGGGUCCCAUGUUUUUUUACUGUUUAUACUGAUGUUUUUUUGCUUUUGUCUUAAUUCUGCCUGUAGUGAUGCAACAAACGCUAAUCAUGCCAUAUUAUUUUGAGGAAUUCAAAAAAUAUAUAAUAUAGACAAAAUUGCAUUUACAUUAUUGAAAGCUGUUCUUACAAUUUGGAUGUGCUGAAGUGAAUGGCCAGUUCUGUGUCUAUCUGGACGUUUGUCGGUGGUGAUAAUGUGCUGUUCUGUGGCUGUUCUGUUCAUGAGUAAUGGUUUGUACAUAUUGAUUGAAAACACAACUUUAUUAACAUCCGAAAUCCUGUCUAUCAAGGGCAGUAGUUGGUGAGAGAGAUUCCACAGAAUAUUUCCACUGUUACAGUUUUUUUAAACAUGCCCUUUGAGUUACUGUAAGAUAAAAACAUGUUUUUUCAAUGAAUAGGAGGAAUGUACUAGUGACUAUUUGGACUGUUUGCCUCAGGUUGCUUUAAGGGGGAAUUCUCUGUGUUGUGGAUGUAGUUUUAACAGGGUGGACAGGUGUUUGGCCGUGAUGUGAACAGGCUUGGGGAUUAUGACUAGACAUUGUUCUAUGUGUGAAAAUCAGCAGCAUGAUUUUUCAUCAUGCUUGUGAAAUUUGUCUUAUCUUUGGUCCUAUUUACCUGUGCUUGUCAUAUUUAUUUUUAUAUGUGAAAAGAAAAAAGAGCCUUGCAAUGCAGGUAGAAUUAUUCCGUUUUGCCCUAUGAUCAGUUUAUCAGUCCACAGUUCUUGUAUUGCAUUUUGCUCCUACUUCCAUCCUGUCAAUCAACUAUUCACUCAGCAGAGUCAAAUAAAUAUGAUGGAGGCUACUGUACAUCUAAGCAUGACUUAAUAAUUGCCAAACUGAAUUACUUUAUGCAACUUGGAGACAAUAUAGCAUCUAACUAUUAGCGUUUUUGCCUAAUGAGUCAAGACAGAAUGACACUGAAUGGAUGACUUUUUAUUUUUGUCUGUAAACAUGGAAUGUUAUUCUCUGAGGAUAACCUUUAUAUCGGCAUAAAUCAAUCCAAUUAUCCAUCAGAUGAACAAAUCCUCCUGAUUUAUAUUAGGCAAAACAAAGAUACAUUGGCCAAUCAGGCAAGCCUGAAAAAGUGUGAGAUAUAACACACCUGGUUUGCCUGUAUGAACAUUUGCAAAUGAUGACACAGUGGUGCAUGCAGCUAUUGUUUGGUAAGCAAGUACAUCUUCAUGAAUGUGUUUGCAUAGUUCUGUUCAAAUAAUACAAGGGGGCCAAAAUAAAAGGGAAGGUUUGAUGAUCCAGAGACAUUGUUUUUAGAUAUAAAAAGGCCCUAAUGUACAUGUCAACUGCGGUGACAUUGGGGACACUGAAAUAAGACAUACCCUCUCCCAGUCAGAGCAGAACACUUGCUGUGGACAGGUACUGUAAGAUUGGAAACAAUCCUCGUCAGAAUGUUAAAACUAUUAAAAACAUUUUUUUGUAUGA